AUGGAUCAAGCACCCGGCGAUUUCGUCCCUUUAGAGGAGGAAGUCCCCUAUGAAGAGGAAGAGGAACCAAUCGGCCUCGUAUAUGUCACCGCUGCCCCUGCACAAAGUGCAGCGCAGGAGGCAAAUGUUGGGAUCAUCAUCUCUGAAUGCCAUCAACGCAAGGGCUUCGCUCGCGAAGCCGUAGAGCUUGCGCUGAAAUGGGUAUUUGAAGACCUCAAGUUCCAUCGCAUCCAAGCAGCGUUCAUGAAUAACGCCCAGAAAGAUCGCGCAAUGCGGCUUUUCGUGGGACAGGGCUUCAUGCACGAAGGCACCCGGCGGCGUUCGGUAUUUCAGCCGGAGAGAGGGGGUGUGGUUGGUGUCUGGAAAGAUGUCACAUACCUGGCGAUGCUUGAUACGGAGUGGGCGCUUAGGAACGUACUGAAGCGCCAGGGCACAGCACCAAGCUUGUGGGAUGAAAUGUUUGCGCGGCACGCGAUGGAGAGAGAGGAGAUGAUGAAAUGGGAUGAGAAGCACAAUAGGAUCAGGAAGGUGUCGAGCACCGAAACCCUG